AUUCUGGGAGCUGUAGUUCCACCCCUACCGGCGAGCUCCCUCUUCUGAAUGGGCACGGGGUAGCCGGGAAACUACAGCUGCUCGGGAGGAGUGGGAAGCCGGCGCUGCCUCGGGAGCCCCCGGAGCUCCUCGGAGGCGAUGUUCUUGGCUGAAGUGGACAGAGCAGCCCGGCGCCCAGGGACAGCGGCUUAGGCAACCCGCUCCGGCCACCCCCAGUUCCACCCCGGAGCCACCAUGCACCAGGCCUGCGCUGUUGGCCUGGUGUUCGCCGGCUGUUGCAGUAACGUGAUCUUCCUGGAGCUCCUGGCCAGGAGGCAUCCAGGAUGUGGGAACAUCGUGACAUUUGCACAGUUUUUAUUUAUAGCUGUGGAAGGCUUUAUCUUUGAAGCUAACUUGGGAAGGAAGAGGCCUGCUAUUCCAAUAAGGUAUUAUGCCAUCAUGGUGACCAUGUUCUUCACCGUCAGCGUGGUGAAUAAUUAUGCUCUAAAUCUCAACAUUGCCAUGCCCCUGCAUAUGAUAUUUAGAUCAGGUUCUCUAAUUGCCAGUAUGAUUCUAGGCAUUAUCAUUUUGAAGAAAAGAUACAGUGUAUCCAAAUAUACCUCCAUUGCUCUGGUGUCUAUGGGGAUUUUUAUCUGUACUUUUAUGUCUGCAAAACAAGUGGCAUCCCAGUCCAGCUUGAGUGAGAAUGAAGGAUUCCAGGCAUUUGCAUGGUGGCUUCUAGGGAUUGCUGCCCUGACCUUUGCCCUUCUGAUGUCAGCAAGGAUGGGCAUCUUCCAAGAGACACUGUAUAAGCAAUUUGGGAAACAUUCCAAGGAGGCUUUGUUUUAUAAUCAUGCCCUGCCACUCCCAGGUUUCAUCUUCCUGGCUUCUGAUAUCUAUGAUCAUGUACUUCUUUUUAAUAAAUCUGAAUUGUAUCAGGUUCCAGUCAUCGGGGUGACGAUGCCCAUCAUGUGGUUCUACCUCCUCAUGAACGUCUUCACUCAGUAUGUCUGCAUCCGGGGUGUGUUCAUCCUCACCACAGAGUGCACCUCCCUCACUGUCACACUUGUCGUGACACUACGCAAAUUUGUCAGCCUCAUAUUCUCCAUCCUCUACUUCCAGAACCCUUUCACCCUAUGGCAUUGGUUGGGCACCAUGUUUGUCUUUGUUGGGACCUUGAUGUACACCGAGGUGUGGAACAGCCUGGGGGUGUCCAAGAGGCAGCCCCAGAAAGAGGACAAGAAGGACUGAGGUUCACCUGGGAUAGACUCUCCAGGACUUGGGAGGGUGGUGAUGUGGUUGGUGAGAGUCUGGCUACCAGCCUACUUUUUUUAAAGCUUAUGUCCCCCAGCAUAGACCCAAAUACCUAGCAGAGAAUCCUCCAAUAGAGGAGAAUUUUAGUCUUCCUGAUGUCUGUGCUGACUGAUAUUUGCAGCUGCUGGACAAAGCAUCCAUCCCCUGACUCAGAAGUAGAAAAGGAACAGUUCUGAUCUCUUGAGCAGAGUAUCCAUUUGUAUUUUUAUUAAAGUGUUGAAGAUAUAUAUUUAAUCAAUUCCAAGGAUGUGGAGGACCUAAUUUUAUACCAGUGGUCUCAGACAGGAUUACCCUUUUCACAGCAGCCAAUAGUCCUUGUCUUACUCUAUCACCAGCAACAGCGAACCGCUCAGACCCUCCUGACACAAUCACCGGAACAGUCAAGUGGUUAAUUAACUGAGGUAAUAGUGACAUGUGGCUGGGAGCCUCAGUGAAACUGGAGCAGGUCAGGGGGCAGCACCUCUUCUUCUCCACUAAUAGUUUCAUUCGUCCUUACUGUCUCAUCCAUCCAUCCUGAUAUAAAAUGAUGAUGACAUGUUCAUUGAAUAUCCUGAUUGCAGCAGCCCUGAAACAAUCCAAUUAUAAGCACAGUUGUAUUAGGACCUACUCUGGUCCACUAUUAGCUUUUGUGGAAGGGUCCUGUACUGAAUUAAGUUUGAUAAAGGUGAGGUCCUUUAUGUGAAUGCUGAGGUGGCAUCUUCACAACAACAGUGAACAAGUUUGCUUGGUGCUCACUAGCCCUGAUCAGAAGCUACAAGAUGAGGUCAAUCCCUUGGGACCAGGACGUUUGUAUUCAGUCUGUUCUUAGGAAAUAGAUCAAUGAGGCAUCAGAAGGCCUUUUGACUAGGGAGUGUCAGCUCUGCUCAGGAACUUUGGUAAAGUACACAAAAACCAAAGCCCUUCAGGCCACCAAUUAGAUUUUAACUUUACAUAAAGUUACAUCAGGUCAAAUCAUGAUUAUAUUAAAACCAAAAUCUUAUCACAAAGUAUCAUUUGAAUGUGGUAAAUACUAUUCUGUUUGUUUUAUGGUGUGUCUGUGUCUCGUCUCUGGUUAGACAAUUAAAAAUAGUAUUUGCCUCUAUUUUGAUCAUUUCAUAAAUUGAGUUUCCUCUGAAAAUCAAGAGAAUAUCAUUUUUGGUUUAAUAAAUCAUUUGGUUUAUUAUUUAGAGGUGGAAAAGAUUUCCAGAAGCCAUUAUUCCAUCAAUCUUUCUCACCACAGGACUCAUUUUCCUGCUAUAAGUGUCCCCUCAACCAAUACUAUUUAAUUCAAACAUUUUGGAAGGGUCUUCUUUGUGCAAAGCACUGCUCUAGGCUCUGGGGAUACAAAAAGGAAGAGCAGCUCUUGCUGUCAGGGGAUGGACCAUGCUGGGACAUGCAGCUCAAGAAAACCCGAGGAGGAAGAGCCUGAGCUGAGCCUUGAAGCAAGCUCUGACCCUGGGAGGUGGAGGAGAGGAAGGAAGGGGCAAGGCACUGGGACCCUUUAAUAAUAGAGGACAAGGCUAGACGCUGCUUCUCUUGGCGUAUAGAAAAAUAGACCCUCAGGGGCAGGUAGGUGGCACAGUGAGUAGAGCACCAGCCCUGGAGUCAGGAUGACCGAAGUUCAAAUCCUGCCUCAGACUCAUGACACACUCGCUGUGUGACCUUGGGCAAGUCACUUAACCCCAAUUGCCCUGCCUUCCCCCUGCAAAAAAAAAAAAGACUCCAGUUUUUUGUCAAGUGCAAAAUUAUGUGUACAGAGUAGAAUGUCUUUUUUUGUAUAAAAGCCAGUGUGAAUUUGUGGGCAGCCAGGUGGUGCAAUGGAUAGAGCUCGGGCCCUGGAGUCAGGUGGACCUGAGUUCAAAUCUAGCCUCAGACACUUCUAGCUGUGUGACCCUGGGCAGGUCACUUAACCCUGUUUGCCUCAGUUUGCUCCUCUGUAAAAUGAGCUGGAGAAGGAAAUGGCAGACCAGUCCAGUAUCUUUGCCAAGAAAACCCCAAAUGAAUUCACGGAGAGUUGGACACAACUGAAACGACUGAACACCAAGUGAGUUUCCUGAAGGCUUCCCAGAUUAUAGUUUGGCUAUGCUGUCCUGUGUUCACAGAAUGGAGCCUAGUAGCAAUAUUGCAAGCUUUUGUGCUCAGAAAUUUUGAGGUCACCUCCCAGAAGGCAUUUGGUCUGCCUCAGCUUUCCUCGUGUAAAGUAAAAAUGUUUGCUCACCUAAAUUCUGGUGUUGAAAUUGAACUGUGAUUCUUAAUGUUAAUAUGCCAGUAUUAAUGCCAAGUGCCAGUAGUGUUUGAUUCUGAGGAACACAAAAUUGGAUAUAGAUCCAGCCCAGGAGAACUACAUAUAAUGAACAUGCUACAUACUAUUAAACAUUCACUUAUAGAAAAACUAGAAACAAAAAAACAUUUGUUCAAAACUUGAUAGGGACUCAACUGAUUCCAUCACUAUCCUGGGCUGCUUUUAUGCUUAUGAAGGUAAAAAUACAGGCUUGUGUGAAGCUUCAUUUAGACAGAUAGAAGGUACAUUUGUUUUUAAACAGAAUUAAAUCCUUGUGAUGGGCAUUAGAUUCAUUUUUGGUGCUGUGUUUCCUUCAAUCUGCAUACAACAUCUAUUUAUGGUAAUAAGGACACCCUAUAUGUCUGAAAGACUAGAGCUUAGGAAGACAAUGAAACAGGCCUACUUAGCAGCAGAAUUAAAGGAGUUGGUUCGUUAGGUUUCUGCUCUUUAGCAAUUUGGAUCAAGAAAUCUAUCAGGCAAGCAGUUCGAAUAUUGUUCUCCUAUACUAUUUUAUUACUCACUUAUCCUCUUUGGUUUUGUAACCCACUCUUUAUUAUUUUCAACCUUUAUUAGAAAGGCCCAAGAACUAGUAUGGCAAACAUCAGUUCAAUUUAAUUUAAUGAAUUCAAUUCAGCAAAUAUUUAGUGAGUGACUGCUUCACCUAUUGGAACAAGAGAUGUUCUUUUUCUUUGUGUAAUAUUGUGUCUUGGCCUCAGUUGUGCUUCAGAUGUAGGGGGUGCUGCUUACAAUAUGGACUUUGGUGCCAAAAGGUGUUUAAAACUCUGAAACUAGAGCAAAGGUUAAUAACGAGUGGCAUUGAUCUGAAAAGUACAGCAUGUGUGUGUGUUAGUAUUCAUGUGUGAACACUGAAUCUAGUAACAAAUUAACAGAUCUUCUGAACUAAAUGUAAAAGUGGUAAUAAUGAAUAUUUGUACUUAGCUCAGUUCAUGGCUGCAUUUCAUUUACAAGUCUUGUCAUCCAUUAAAGGCUUUAUAUUUUUCAAUUCUU